AUGUCAGCCGGCGUUUCCGAACAGCGCGUCAAGGGACAAGAACACCAAGUCGAUGGAGCAAAAGAUCCCAACAAAGUAAAAGAGGCUGCACAAUUUGAAACUGUUUGGCAUCCACAACUCCAACAACAACCUGGUUAUAAUAAUGCUAUGACACCGGAGCAGUAUUAUCAGUAUCAAAACCCAGCUCCAUAUCAAUAUCAAAAUCCAGCUGCAUAUAAUAUGGGAGAUCGAUCUUGGACAAAUGCUCCUGAAGCGUUAACAUAUGUUGGAGGAUAUUUGCCUACCCCAGAGACUUAUAGUCAACCCAGUGUUUAUAAUGCUCAGUAUAAUCAUCCUACCCCUACCCCUGGCUAUAACUAUUACAUUGCUCAAAAGCCAUUUGAAGGAUAUUAUAGAGCUGGAGAUCAAAUGUAUGGAGUUCCAGUAAAUGAACAAAUAAAAAGCAUUGAACAAGAUGUACAAGCAUUAAAUGUAAAUGAUUAUAGAGAUAAUAGUGGUAUACAGCAGAAAAAAGUAUCAACAUGGGCUGCUGUCCCAAACCAACCAGUGAAACCCGUAAUGUCAUUGACUUCUGUAACCAAAAAGAAAAGUCCAGGCAUGCCUCCACAACCUAUAAUACCUGGUAAAAAUGAUGUUCACUGGGAAUCAAAGGCUAUAUCUAAACCUCCUCCUCCUCCAGUUGUACAGGUUCAAGUUCCCCUUAUUCAAGCACCCAUUAUUCAAGCUCCCAUUAUUCAAGCUCCUGUAGUUGUGGAAACAAAACCUCAAAAUUGGAAUGAUCAUAUAAAUGUUCCAUCCUAUAAUGCUCCUCCUAUGGCAGAAAUACCUACUCACAUACCUCCACCCGAUCAUAUUAGGCAUGUACCGCCCCCAACUAUAAUCAUGUCAUCACCACCACCACAACAGAUUUUAAAUUCUCCAACAGAAGAAAUCACCAAGCGUAAAUUAAUUGACGAACUAAAAAUGAAAAAUCAUUAUAAUCCUGCUGAGUAUUCUAAUCCACCUGAAGGAUCAAGAUUUUUUAUUAUUAAAUCUUAUUCUGAAGAUGAUAUUCAUCGAUCAAUUAAAUAUGAGAUAUGGUGCUCUACCGAUCAUGGAAAUAGACGAUUAGAUCAAGCAUUUAGUUCAUCAGAUAAAAAAAAAAUAUUUCUUUUGUACUCUGUAAAUGGAUCUGGACAUUUUUGUGGCGUAGCAGAAAUGAUAUCAGCUGUUGAUUAUAAUUCUUCUAGUUCAGUAUGGUGUCAAGAUAAAUGGAAAGGGCAGUUUGGUGUUCGAUGGAUAUAUGUAAAAGACGUACCAAACAACCAAUUAAGGCAUAUUCGUUUGGAAAACAAUGAGAACAAACCAGUGACUCAUUCUAGAGACACACAAGAGGUUCCUUAUAAUCAGGGUGUACAAGUAUUGAGAAUAAUUCAUUCUUAUAGACAUGAAACUUCAAUUUUUGAUGAUUUUCAACACUAUGAGAACUUACAAAAAUUAGAGGAUAACAAAAAAAGUGCAGCUCCUCUUCCUCCAUCAUCACAUUCAACCAUUAACAAAUAUAAUAAAAUGGGACCAGUUCAGUUUUUAAAUGAUAAUCGACCACCACAGCAAAACCAUUAUAAAGAUUGGGAAAAUAAGCCAAAAGAUACGAAAGUUGAAGGUAGGGAAAAUUUUUAUCAACCUCAGAAAUUUGAAAACUUCAGUCACAACCACCGACCUAGACCCGAUAAUUAUAGAGGCCGUAACGAGAAUUAUAGUAAAGAAGAAAACUUCAGGGAACCUAACAAAACUUAUCGUGGUGAUCAAAAUAGAAUACGUAAUGAUCAUCAUUGUAACUGGGAUGAACAAUACAGAAGUGGAAAUAAUUUCAACAGAGGACGAAGGGGUAGAGGUGGACCUUCCGUCUUCGUGAAUAGUAACUUGAAACAGACUAAUCGUGGUUAUGAAUAA